UUUAUCAAAUCAUUUCAGAUUUACAUAAAGACUGCAAGGAACUACAUGAUAUGGGUAGAAGAACGUCUGGGGUCUACAGUAUCUAUCCUAAUUGGGAUUUACUCCAUAAUAAGAAAUCAGUACAAGUGUACUGUGAUAUGGAUACAGCUGGGGGAGGUUGGACUGUAAUACAAAAUAGAGUUGAUGGCAAGGUAAAUUUCAGCAGAAGAUGGCAAGACUAUAAGUUUGGAUUUGGGGAUGUGUUGACGAGCUACUGGAUAGGGAAUGACGUCAUACAUGAGCUGACAAAGAAUAACAGCAGUUCGCUGUAUGUGAGCAUUACAGGCAAGGAUGGCACCACCCGUUAUAUACAGUAUGACACAUUCUCUAUAUCCGGAGAAGAUGACGAUUACAGAUUGUACAUCGCUGGAAACGCAUUAGGAACAUUAGACGAUAGGAUGAGAUACGGUACGACCGACAACAUAAACGGGAUGAAGUUUUCUACCUAUGACAAAGACAAUGACCUCGAUUCAAGUAACUGUACCGAUAUGAUGGGUGUAGGAGGAUGGUGGUUCAACGCUUGUAAUGACGCCUACCUUAACGGACAGUAUCCACCUGGAAAGUGGGAACAACCUUGGUUUCGUACAUUUAAUAAAGGAUCACAGAUUUCCAGUACAAGGAUGAUGAUUAAGAGAAAAUGAUUUAGCAUUCUUUAAAGUUUAGAGAGAAUCAACUAAAUUGUUGCGCAUAAUGUUCCAUUAAUUGAAACACCAGUCUGUAUAAAAUGAUUUUUUAAAAUAAUGUAUUAAAUAGCAUCAGUGCAAGCAUCUUGAGUGAAGCAAAAUUAUUAAAAAGCAUUAGUUCGCACAUAUGAGGUUGGUUAAUACAUCAUUUUUUUUAAAUUGAUAAAGAAAAUUGUAACAACACUUUAAAAUCAAAAAUUUUCUUGGGUACAACUUUUUUAAGUCUGAGAAAAAAAUGGUAUGCAGGGAUUUGAUCUCUUGGUUUGAGAAGUGUUGAGUAAUUAAUGCAUAUUAAAAUUUACAUUUUGUGGUGGUCAUGAAUUUGUAGAUCUCUCCAUGCUUGAAAAAAAAACGAAAAUUAAAUUGACACGAAAAUGACACAUUAAUUUGUUGAAAAUAAUUCCAAAAUUUAUUAUAUCAAAUCUAAUUUGUUUGAACAAGUUCUAAAGAAUUUUAUGCAAGGAAAAUGUUUACAUGUGUUUAGCACAUGUAAAACACGUACAAAGGGCACACAUGUAUAUUGCUUUUAUUUUUACCCAUGUUGAUGCUUUGUACUUUUUAUAUGGACUUUUGAUUUCAAUUCAUUUCUUUAUUUCCUCAUAUGAAAAUCAACAACUCGUUGUUUCAGAUUUAAAUAUAUUUUUUUAGGUCCUAAAUAGGCUACACUUAAUAAAUUAAGAAUACUUUUUAUAGCUAUUUUGGAAUUUGUUUUCACAAGUUUAAUUCGUUUACAAAAAUGAAAUUCACUAUAAGGAAUUGAACAAAUUACCUGUAAAUAUGAAGAAUAUCAUUAUGAUACCAAAUUUAUUACAUUUUAACAGUGAAAUACUGUAAUUUAUCCAUUGAAUAAAAGUAAUAUCCUAUCACAGUGUGAAAGGAUAUCAAAAUGAUAUCCUGUUACAGUGUGAAAGAAUAUCAGAAAAGCGGGAAUACUCUCGAUUUUCCUUCCCUUAACCAAGACUGUUGUAAAAAUACUCCUUAACCUGUUAUAAGAUGGAGAACGAGUUCAUAAACAGUCUGUCAUAAAAUAAAACAGCGAAAGUUCCCAAAUUAUGUUGCUGAAAUUCAUGUUUACAAUGUUUUUCACUAAUAUAGCAGAGACGUCUUAACCGCUCAACUAUGACAUCAUGUAGCCUAAGACUGCAUUACAAAAAAAGACGUAAGCAAAGGGAAAAUCAAAGAAAAUGUAAUAAACAGAAAAUUCAAUGUUUUGUAGAUGAAUAUGGAAUUUAUUUCACUCGUGAGACAGGAUUUUUUUUAUAUUUUCACUCGUGCUUCGCACUCGUGAAAAUAUCAAAUAAUCAUGUCCCACUUGUGAAAUAAAUUCCAUAUUCAACAACAAAACAUUGAAUAUCCUCUAUAUAUAAAGAUCUUUCAUAAAUAAAUGAAAAUAAUAAUAUUCGAUAGAAAUUGAAGUUAAAAUAAUUUUGAAAGUGGCUCUCUGAAGUUAUACGAUCGAUUAAUAGUCUAUAAUAACUUAUGCUUAUGGAUAUUAUCCUGUAGAAGUCAUUUAUAUGACCAUAAGAUUUCAAAAAGUAUUAACUAAAGAUAAAACUUGAUGUGAAAUGGUUGACAUGUUAAAUACAUGGAAUUAUUGAAAAUGAAUGAGAUCAACCAAUAUCGUUGGAAAAGUUAAAAAAAAAAACCAAAAUCUGCAUAACUGGAUAAUAUCAUUGUUGUUGAUUUAAUUACAAGUACUUCGGUUACAUAAAAUUAUAUUAAAUAGUACAAAUUUAAUGUUUGAUUUUAUCAUAAUCACGUCUAAAACCAUAAUUUACCAUACGAAAGACCUUCGAAACUAAAAUAAUAUCGUAUUUAUUUUAGUGAUAACUUUGACAUUUUGGUAAACAUUCUGUCUCUUUUGUGGUAACUUUUAACAUUUUAAUUAACUUCUGUUAAUGUGACUUAGUUAUGACAUUUAUUUUAUUUAUUUAGGCGAGUACCGCGCUCACUUUUGAAAACUUUUUUUCCCAAUUAUUUGAAUCAAGUGAGAAAGAUUCUAACAUUUUGUAAAUGCUUUUGUAAUCUUAUUCCUGAAUGACGUAUUCUUAAAAUCAACUCAUCUACAAUCUGGGUAUGAAUACACAGAUUCGAUCAAAAUUACUUGUCUCAUCAGACAGUUUCAAGGUCACGAUACCUCGUGGUCGUGCUGUCCAUAUACGUAUUUGCUUUUGUAAUACUUCUCUUUUUCUCAUGUUAAUUUUUUUAUUUUCUAUUUAUUUGACGUUAUGUUUUGUCUACUGGGUAAAAUAAUUUAUGUAUAUUUUUUCUAGACACUAAUGUCAUUACCGUUUAUUUGCUGUUAAAUAAAGAUAUAAAAUAUUAAUGUGAACCUGUUUUCAGAAUUCUGCUGGGUUACAUUUACUUUAAUAAACUGGAGUAAAUUAUAGUUAA